AUUCGUCGAAGUAUAGUGUUUGUUGAUGUUUUUCCGUUGCAAAAGAAAAAAAUUACAAAAUCAUAGAUUAAUAAUGUAAAGUCAAAGAGUAUUACGGAUAUGUAGGCCUACCGGUGUGACGCCAUAUCACACCGUAACUUAAGCAUGUUAAGUAUACCAUCUAAGAUAGAACUUGCAUGGACGUUCAGUCAAAAUUGACUUUUGGUAUCAUGAAGUCCCGCAAGAAGUGUACACUUUAGUUUGGUUAUCUCGAUGAAGUCUAAUCUAGUCGAUUGCAUUCCUUGGUAAGGUUGAACUGAUGAGCUAUUAGCGGUCAGAAAUAUUUACCAAUCUCACGUAUUGUUCCUAUAUACAUGACCCUCCGAUAGCAGCAUUCAGUAUUUCGGACCUGUCACUCUGUAACAUUCAAGAUGGGAAUUGUUCAACACCCUUUGACAUUAAUUGCGUUGAGUAUCAUAUUUUUAUCAGUCUAUACCACCAGUAAGGGUAACAAUUGCGAUGUAGAUGAUGGACAACCUACGGUUUGGCUUGGUGAUGAGGAUGACGCAUAUUUCUGUGAGGCCAGUGCCGAGCAUUGUGACCACUUCGGUCUUGAUUUCGUUUGUGAGGAUCCGAGUGGAGGAUCACUUAGACCUUGUAUCAUUGGGACCAAAGUAAAGUGUGCAUCACCACCUGCUGUACCCCUGACUGAUCCCACUCCUGCCACCACUAUUAGAGUUCUUGCAUACAACGUCUUUGAGCUACGUUAUCUCUAUUAUCAGAGUGGUCAAAGGGAACGUACAUGUCGUAUUCCACGAAAAGUCUUCAGUAUGCAUCCAGAUAUAGAUGUCAUUGUGUUCAACGAAGUCUUUAUGGGAGGUUGCUUUGCUCCUUUUAACAACACCAUCGAAACAAGUAUCCUAACCAUACGUAAUAUUCUGGACCAAUAUGGAUUUAUCUAUUACACGGAUACCGUUGGUGUUGGCGAACCUUUCCCAAAAAUUGAGAAUGGAGCUACAUUCAUUGCAUCUAGGUGGCCUAUAGUCAAGAAUGAUUCUCGAGUUUUUGAUAUAGCCGAACCAUAUUCGUGGAUGGCUAAGGGAGUUGUGUACGCCAUGAUCAAUAAAACUGUUGCUGGACAGAGUGUUAUGUACCAUGUCUUUGGGACUCAUAUGCAAGCUUUCCGAACCCCGAAUGCAGACUAUGUUCGAGUUGCCCAAGCUACUAUCAUUCAUGACUUCAUGCUGGAGCAAGACAUCGGUGAUGACGAACCCGUUAUUUAUGGAGGUGACCUGAAUGCAAGACUGAACACAACCAAUGGCGAUGACGUCGUUGACGCUCUUGACGCCACACUUCCUAUGAUCAUCGGUGAACUCAAUGUCACAUACGAUCACGAGAACAAUGACGUUUUUGACGAAAAUAACGAUACGAACUGGUGGUUGGACUAUGUCUUGUAUAGUCGAUCCCACAUUCAACCUGAAGCUGCUACAAUACAGGUCGUGAGACCUAGGAUGUCUACUCCUUUAGAGGUCUGCUCGACGGCAAUAUCACCUUUCCCAAGCUAUCCCAAUUCUGACCAAUGCGUUGAAAUAAAGAACAUUACAGACCUAUCUGAUCACUAUGCAGUUCUUGGAACUCUUCAAUACAGAAUCGAUUUCCUAACUCCAACAGACUUCCAAACAACGACUGAUUCGGGGACUGGAUAUCUUACCUCAAACAAUUUGGUUGUAUCUCUCACAUUCAUCAUUUUAAUCACAAAAUUAGUCAUUGACUGUUGAUACAUGGAUAUCCUGACUGACAGUAACAUUUGGUAGGCUUAUUCAAAGAAUAGUAGGCCUAAACAUAAUCAUGAAUCAGCCACGUCAGCGGACAUUUCACAUGAAUUGGUAUGAAUCAACUACAUUACUGUGUUUAACCAUAAAUACAACUAUAAGGAUUUGAUAACACAUGUUUCUAUCAAUAUCAUUGUACGAUAAAACCUAAAUUAAUCAUUCUUAAAGAAAUAUUUUUUACAGAUUAGUUUCCAUUUUUAUUUUGCAACGUCUAGCAUUCACUUGAAAAGAAGUGCAACCAUUCAUUUGAUGAAAUGUUCCUGAGCAUAUCUGAGCAUAUAUAUCAAUGUAGUAAAAUGUUUCUGAGCGUAUGUUUCUGUAUAGUGCUACAUGUAUGCUAGUGGAAUUUAUGCAAUAAUUUAUUCGCACAUGUACCUCUUAAUUCGUGGAUUAUUGUAUAAGUAAUUAUUUCUUUGUAAAUAAAAACAACAUGAAUUAACAACAUUCAUUAUUUAUUGAGUGAUUUCAUAAGGUAUAUAAAGAUAUAAAUUUGUCACAAUCAGCAAUAUACUACAAGGAUAAAAUCACAAAAGUUUGUUAAACUUUUGUGUUCUGUAGGUUUGGAGAUUGCAAUUAGUUUUUAUCUUGACACUUAAUUUUAGACACACAGUGUUAUCUCAUGCUACAAGUCAAACAGAGUCGUGUUCACAAAUCUUUUUACAAUUUACGCACGACCUAAUACUAAAUAAGAUUUUUAAUCUUCUAUAUUUUCAUCUUUGUAGAUUGAAAUAUUGUAAAUGCAAGGUUGUUACUAAUCACAAUUUGUUACGGAUUGUGCGUUAAAUAAUUUCAUAAAGAUUUUUCUUAUAGCUUAGUAACAGGUCCAUACACUACGAACAGCUUUGUGAAAUCCUGGUAAGAUUUCAUACCAAUUUGUAAUCUCUGUCUUCCGUCAAUAAAUUUUGAGGAGGAACUCAACAAAUUUAAAAAGGUUCGUAAAGUUUGUGAUCAUUUAAUCAGAUAUCAGCCAAAUUUCCUAUCUUGUCAAUAUUAUUUCAUGAAGAUUAAGCUAAUUAAUGCCAUUUACCUCUUAAUAAUCACAGAGGCCAUUAUGAAAUGAGGUUGUUCUUGUUCUGGUGGUUUAAGUAUUACUCAUUAAUCACACAGUGAAUCUAUGAACUUUUUUGAGGGGCGGAGAUGAGAGGGGUGAUCAAAAUAAAACCCACUUUCAAGAACAUCUUUUAUUUUUUAGAGACCUUGGCAUUUUUUGUUGUCUGGUUAUACAAAUUCACUACAUUGCAAAAGGUGUAAAUGAACCUUCUUUUGAUAAGGAAGCAUUAUUUGACUAACCAAUCAAACAAAAUUAGAAGACUAUCUAUCAUGCCUAUUAUUUGCAUCAUAUAUAUGCCUACAUUACUGAACUUUACUCCGAUAUCUUCUAU